CGAUUCAUUCAUUCAUCGAAAUCAUGGAUUCAAAUGUUGAAUUUGAUAUAAAAAUAGCAUGGAAUACAUUGAAUAUAAUAUCAAAUGAAUAUAAUUAUAUGUGGGAUAAAUUAGAUAAAUUAGAAUUAGUACUGUAUCAACAACAAAAUGUUAUUUCACAAUUAUUAUCAGCUGUUAUUGAAUCGGAAGAAAAUGUCGAGGAAAAAAGUUCAGAAUUUGAAGAUGAUAAUGAUUCUGGUGAAGAAUAUUCCUAUGAAGAAGAAAUCGAAUGUGAAGAAAUCGAAUGUGAGGAAAUCGAACAGGAAGAAUUCGAACGUGAAGAAUUCGAACAGGAAAAAGAAUAUGAAGAAUAUGAAGAUGGAGACGAAGAUCAUUCGGAGAAAUUGGACAUUAACAUCAACAACGACGACUAUGAUAAUGUAAGUUUGAAAAAACUUGAAGAUUUUGAUGAUAUUGAUUUAGUGGUAAAAGAAAUUCAAAAUGAUGAUAUUGUUGAUGAUGGGCAAUUUGAAAUCGAAGAAGUUGAUGAUGAAGAAGAAAAAGAUGAAGAAGCAAUCAAAUCUGAUGAUCAAAUGUUCGAAGUUCAUGUUUAUGAUGAAGUUAUUAUUCCGGAAGAAGAAGAUGAUGAUGAACAAGAACCAGAUCAAGAACCUGGUGAAGAAAUUGAACAAAAUUUAAUAUUUACAUCAAAUGAUUAUGUACAAUUUCGUGAUGAUUCCAGUCCAAUAAUAACGGAAAAUGAUUUUGAAAAUCUGAAUCAAAUAAAUUCAUAUUUUGAUUUGAAAGGUCAAGAACCAAACAACAACAACAAAACGACAAUCGAAUCUGUUGCUGUCAUUGUUGAAUCACGUCGUCCUAGUUUAGUGACAAAUAUUUUUCCGGAAAAAAUCCAACAAAUCGAUCGGGAAUCAACAAAUCUUGUAACAAAUAUUUUUCCAUCGAAUAACGAUAAUGUUGAUGAACCAGUUCGUUCACGAAAAUCAAGUUUAAUAACAAAUAUUUUUCCCGAUCAUCCGGUACCUGAUGAAUCGAAUCUUUCGAAAGAAGAAUAUUCGGAUCAAUUCGGAUUUUAUUCCAACAACAACAAUGACAAUGAUCGUUGUAAAACAUUAAAAGUUAUUGCUGAAACGGAUUAUUUUUCUUGUAAUAAAGAUUAUGAACUACGGCCAUCGUUAGUUAAAACGCCAUCAAUUUAUGCUGUUGAUUCUUCAGCUGAUAAAGAACUGAUUGAACCACAACAAGAAAAACAUUUUAUCGAACAAAACAUCGAAAAAAUUCCGCCAAAACAACAACAACAGAUUAUCCAUCCACCAUCUCCGAAUAUUCCAAAACAACCGCAAGAUAUUUCAACAACUGUAGCACGACCAAUGUCAAAAUCGGAUAUAGGUGGUGGCGCCACCAUCCCUGAAAAUAACCUUAUAACAUCGAUAACAAAUUCAGUUUUUCAAGGAUAUCAUAAUGUUAUGAAAGGAUCAUUGUUUAAAAAAGAAUCUACAUCACCACAACCAUCACCAGUUCAUAAACAACAACAACAACCGAAUGAUAAUAUAAAAAAUUCAAUAAAAAAUAUAUUUGGUGGAUUUAAAUCACUACAAGAAUCGAUGACAACAAUCAGUGGUAGUGGUGGUGGUGGUGGUAGCAGAGAUGAUAAAGUUAUGAUGGUAAAAAAUCAUCAAUAUUCAUUGCCAGAAACACAUAAUAUCAUCACCACUGCCACCGCCACCGAUGUUGAUGACAGCUGCAAAACCGUCGAUGUAAAAUUCGAACCAGAAUCCAAAACGAAUUCGGAAUUGAAAGCUGAAUCGGAAGAUAAUCUAAUUGGUGAACCAAGAAGAAUGAGCAACAGUGGUAAAAUGUCCAAACUGACUAGCCGUGCACAAACAAUGCAAGAACCAAAUACAAUGAUUGAUACAAUGAUGAUGAUCGUUGAACCGAAUCAAAUUGAUCGAAAUAAAUUGGAAAAAAGAUAUUCCGAUGAAUCAAUGAUUGUAACAACAACUAUGGACAAUGAUAAUUUGGAUAGAGAAUCCAUGAAAAAAUUAUCAAUUCCAAAUGAUCAAAUUGAAGAAAAAUCAGAAUUGACGGAAUCAAAAGAUCAAUUAUCGUUGCCACCACCACAAACAUCAUUGUUAGAUGUCGAUGACCAUCAUCAAUCAUCAUCAAAAUCAUCAAGUCGUCGUGUUAGUUUUGAACCAUCAAUUAUCACUGAUGAUGAUGAAGCGAUAACAAGUCCAACCAAAACAACUGGAGCAGCAGCUAGAAAAUCAUUUUCACUUUCAUUGGAUGAAUCUGAAUCAGAACAAUUAACCCAUGAUGAAAAUUUGGGUCGAAAAAAUAAAAAAAGUCGUACAAAAUGGAUUGUUGCAGCGAGUGGUGCUCGUCAAGGAAGUGUUGAUUCAUGCAAAAAUCUUUGGAUAAAGGAUAGCCAAAAUCCAUUUUUUAGCGCCAUCGAUGCAACACCCGAUAUAAAUCCAAGAAAAAAAUCAAUACCAUUGGUCAGUGAAUUAGUUUUGAAAACUAUGGAAGCUACCAAAAGAAAUUCACGUCUAAAUUCAAUGAUUCCACGAACUAUUGUUAAUGAUGAAGAAUUGAAAAUGCAUGUUUAUAAAAAAACAUUGCAAGCAUUGAUUUAUCCAAUAUCAAGUACAACACCACAUAAUUUUCAUUUAUGGACAGCAACAAGUCCAACAUAUUGUUAUGAAUGUGAAGGAUUAUUAUGGGGUAUUGCAAGGCAAGGACUUCGUUGUUCUGAAUGUGGUGUUAAAUGUCAUGAAAAAUGUAAAGAUCUUUUGAAUGCUGAUUGUUUACAAAGAGCGGCUGAAAAAAGUAAAAAACAUGGAGCAGAUGAUAAAACUGAUCAUAUUAUUAGUGCAAUGCGUGAACGUAUGACAACAAGAGAACGACAAUGUCCAGAAGUUUUUGAACUGAUAAGAUUGGUAUUCAAUAUUGAUAAUAAACAUCAUGUUGGACAUAUGAUGGCAGCCAAACAAAGCGUAUUGGAUGGUACAUCAAAAUGGUCUGCUAAAAUUGCAAUAACAGUGAUAUGUGCUCAAGGAUUAAUUGCCAAAGAUAAAAGUGGAACAAGCGACCCGUAUGUAACCGUACAGGUUGGCAAAACAAAAAAACGAACACGAACAAUAACACAGGAUUUGAAUCCGGUUUGGAAUGAAAAAUUUUUUUUCGAAUGUCAUAAUUCAUCCGAACGUAUGAAAGUACGUGUUUGGGAUGAAGAUAAUGAUCUGAAAUCAAAACUUCGACAAAAAUUAACACGUGAAUCGGAUGAUUUUCUUGGUCAAACAUUGAUCGAUGUUCGAACGUUAAGUGGUGAAAUGGAUGUUUGGUAUAAUUUGGAAAAACGAACGGAUAAAUCAGCAGUAUCCGGUGCUAUUCGUUUGCAUAUUAAUGUUGAAAUAAAAGGUGAAGAAAAAGUUGCUUCAUAUCAUAUACAAUAUACAUGUUUACAUGAGAAUACAUUUAUGCAUUUAUCCGAAAAAAACAAUGGAAUUAUAGUACUUCCAAAACAAAAAGGGGAAGAUUCAUGGAAAAUUUAUUAUGAACCACCGGGACAGGAAAUUGUUGAUGAAUUUGCAAUGCGUUAUGGUAUUGAACCAAUCUAUCAAGCGAUGACACAUUUUCAUUGUCUUUCAACAAAAUAUAUGUUUUCUGGUUGUCCCGAAGUAAUGAGCACUUUAUUGGCCAAUAUUAAUGCAUUUUAUGCACAUACAUCGGGUUCGACUGCCGUUUCGGCUAGCGAUCAAUUUGCUGCUACUAAUUUUGGUAAAGAAAAAUUUAUAAAAUUAUUGGAUCAAUUGCAUAAUUCAUUACGAAUUGAUUUAUCAAUGUAUCGGAAUAAUUUUCCAUCAUCAUCACCGGAAAAACUACAAGAUCUUAAAUCAACCAUAGAUUUAUUAACAAGUAUAACAUUUUUCCGUAUGAAAGUAUUAGAAUUGGCAAGUCCACCUCGUGCUAGCAGCGUGGUUAAAGAUUGUGCAAAAGCUUGUAUCCGAUCAACAUAUCAAUUUCUAUUUGAUAAUUGUUAUGAUUUAUUUGCAAGAGAAUUUCAAUCUGGAAACGAGCAACAACAGGAAAAAACUGUUAAUAAAAAACCAGAAGAUGAAAGCGAGAAGGGGCCAAGUUUAUAUAAUUUGGAUUUUUGGACCCGUCUGAUUACAUUGAUUGUAUCGGUUAUUGAAGAAGAUAUGAAUAUUUAUACACCAAUACUAAAUCAAUUUCCACAGGAAUUAAAUCUUGGCCAUCUAAGUAUUGAAACAAUGUGGAAUCUAUUUGCAACCGAUAUUAAAUAUGCAUUGGAAGAACAUGAACAAAGACGUUAUUGUACAAGUUUAGUUUAUAUGAAUUUUCAUUUUAAAAUUAAAUGGUUUUAUAAUACAUAUUGUAAACAAGUAACAAAUUUUAAGGAUGUUAUACCGGAAUAUCCAAUCUGGUUUGAACCAUUUGUUAUGCAAUGGCUGAAUGAAAAUGAUGAUUCAUCAAUGGAAUAUUUGAAAAAUGCCUUUCAAAAAGAUGCCGAUGAUGAGUUUCAACAAAGUUCAGCUCAUUCAUUAUUCUCAAAUUCGGUUGUCGAUCUAUUCACUCAUCUAACACAAUCAUUUGAUGUUAUAAAUAAAUUGGAAUGUCCUGAUCCCGAGGUGGUAAAACGUUAUAUGAAAAGAUUUGCUAAAACCAUUGUUAAAGUAUUGAUUGGUUAUAAUGAUGUUUUAAGGAAAGAAUUUCCAAAAUAUGUUGAACAAGAUAAAAAAGCAUGUAUUUUGAUGAAUAAUAUUCAACAAUUAAGGAUACAAUUGGAAAAAUUAUUCGAAUCAAUGGGAGGAGAAAAGCUUGAACAAGAUACUGCAAGUAUUUUAACACAACUUCAGCAAACAUUGAAUUCAGCAUUGGAUGAUUUAAGUGGAAUAUUUUCAAAAAGUUUAGAAAAUACUAUAAAACAAAGUGUACAAGAAAUGGGUGUCCUGUUGUUUCAGAUAAAAAAUACAAAUAUUGCACAAUCAAAACAAGGACAAAAAAAUUCAGCAGAAAUAUCACAAUAUGCUGAUCAAAUAUUACAUCCAUUAAUGGAUUUAUUGGAUAAAAAACUAACAACAUAUGCUGAAUAUUGUGAACGUACAGUAUUGAAACGUGUACUAAAACAAUUAUGGCGUAUUGUUAUUAUUGCUAUUGAAAAACGUAUUGUUUUACCGCCGACGGAAAAAAGUAAUCUGCUACCAACAUUACCGAAUACAAAAAUUGAAGAUGUAUCAAGGUUAUUGAAAAAUAGUAAACUACCAACGUUGAAUGUUAUUGAGAAUAUGCAAAGUGCAAAAAGUUUAUCACCAAAACAUUGUUCAAUAUUAGAAGAAUCAUUAGAAACGAUAAAACUUUAUUUUCAUGCAAAUGGUAAUGGUUUGAAAAAAUCAUAUCUGGAUAAAAGUUCCGAAUUACAAUCAUUGAAAUAUGCCCUAUCAUUAUAUACACAAACAACUGAUUCAUUGAUAAAAACAUUUAUUUCAACACAAACAUCACAAGAUUUGGCAACACAAGAAGAUGGUCCAGUUGGUGAAAUAUCCAUUCAAAUUGAUAUGUUUACACAUCCUGGUACGGGUGAACAUAAAAUUACUGUUAAAAUCAUAGCAUGUAAUGAACUUAAAUGGCCAUUAAAUACAAUGUUCAAACCGUUUGUUGAAAUCAGUAUGAUUGGACCAAAUUUAAGUGAUAAAAAACGAAGAUAUGCAACGAAAUCUAAACAUAAUAAUUGGUCACCUGCUUAUAAUGAAAUUUUUUAUUUUCUGAUUAGUAAUGAAAAUCAAGUAUCCGGAUUUGAAUUACAAUUUGUUGUUAAAGAUUAUUGUUUUGCACGUGAAGAUCGUUUAGUUGGUAUUGCCGUUAUACAAUUAAAAGAUAUUAUUGAUCAAGGUAGUUGUUCUUGUUGGCUGCCAUUAGCUAAAAGAAUUCAUCUGGAUGAAACUGGUUGGACAAUAUUACGUAUAUUAUCACAACGUACUAAUGAUGAGGUAGCAAAAGAAUUUGUUAAACUUAAAUCUGAACAACGUAAUGAUGUGAAUAUUGUAUAGAAAACAAAAAAA